AUGUCGAACACUGAUGCUUUCGGUCUCGUGCCGGGUCUAGGUGGAGAGAAUAAUGUCCUCACAGCCGUUGAGAAGUAUGAGAGAUAUCAUAUUCUCUAUGAUGGAGAAGCUGAUCCGAGAAAAGUAAACUAUACUGACAUGGUUAAUAAAUAUUAUGAUCUUGCUAGUCAAUUUUAUGAGUACGGAUGGGGGGACUGCUUACAUUUUGCACACAGAUGGAAAGGAGAGUCUCUACGGGAGAGUUUAAAACGAUAUGAGCACUUUAUUGCUAUGCAGCUUGCAAUGAAACAAGGAGACAAGGUCCUGGAUGUAGGAUGUGGAAUUGGUGGACCUAUGAGAGAAAUUGCACGCUUUAGCAAUGUUUCCAUAACUGGAGUCAACAAUAAUGAAUACCAGGUAGCAAGAUGCAAGAAACUAAACCAGCUUGCUGGUGUGGACGAAACUUGUAACAUUGUCCAGGCUGAUUUCAUGAAUAUGCCGUUCCCUGACAAUAGUUUUGAUGAGGUUUACGCUAUAGAAGCAACCUGCCAUGCACCUGAUGCAUAUGGAUGCUACAAAGAGAUGUAUAGAGUGUUAAAGCCCGGACAAAAAUUUGCUAUAUAUGAGUGGUGCCUCACCGAGGCAUUUGACCCUAAUAAUUACGAACAUCAGAAAGUAAAGGAAGAGAUAGAGUUUGGAAAUGCUCUCCCUGGCUUAAGAAUUACUACUCAAGUCCUCGAAGCUGUGAAGCGUGCGGGUUUUGAUGUGAUAUGGGAUAAUGAUUUUGCUACGGAUUCUCCAGUGCCAUGGUACUUACCUAUGGAUACAAAUAAGUUAUCGUUUCUCAGUUUCCGCGUGACAACUGUUGGAAAGUUUCUAACUGAUAAUCUGUUGAAGGCCUUAGAAUACGUAAGAGUCGUUCCAGCAGGAACUCAAAAAGUUCAAGCUAUACUACAAAAAGCAGCAAAUGGGUUGGUUGAUGGUGGAAGGAAAGGGAUUUUCACGCCAAUGUAUUUUGUCUUGGCCCGGAAGCCAGAAUGA